AUGCCGAGAAAACAACAUUUUCUUCCAGAAUCCUGCGACGAGUUCCGGAAACGCAGCGGAUCGACGGCGAGCACCAAAAAAUGGGGAAAGCGGGAGACGCAGCCACAAUUUGAGCUCAGAUGUUGCGUGAACCCGGAGAUUCUGAAGAAAAAUGUGGAGAAUCACUGGUAUUUUGAGGAUGAGACGGUACGCCAAAACGGCUCCGUGUUUUCACGCCGCGAGAAUUUCAACAAUUUGCUGAGCGUGAUACCGCUCAGCAAAUUUAAUGGGAUUCACAUCAAGAUGGAAGACGACUGCCCUCAGGGUGGUGACGACGUGCGUUUAUGCAUUCUGAAGACGCUCGGCGCCCACAAUCUGCGUGAGGUCCAAUGCGUCGGAUGUACGAAGGCGAUUCCGGUGUACGAUCGAUACCCCUUGAUUGAUGGCGUAUUUUUCCUAUCACCCGUCGUGCGCUACGGGCCACCAGUUGAGGUACUGUACGAUCAGCGCCGCUGCUACAUCCAACAAUUAUGCGCUCGGUGUCUGUUCUCCGAGUGGCAGUGCUCAAAUUGUGGACGAGACCAAUGGUUCUCGGGAAAAGCGCUAAUCCUGGGCACCCUCUACUUCUACGAUGUGAUCAGCGCGGGCCGCUGCUGCCCGCCAAGCUGUUCAAUGUGUCGCGCUCCGCUACUUGUACCCGAAAAUAUACUACAACAAUUAAAUCAGGGCAAUUUCAACCUGGUGAACGAGUGCUUCACAUGCGCCGCUUGCGGAUGUCGUCAAUACCAUUUGGCGCGCGGAAAUGAAGAAGUACGCAUCAUUCCGCCCAGUCCGCUUGACGAUCCCUUUGCGGCUAUUGCCAAU